UACAACCGCUCAAGCGACAGAGUAUCUCCAGAUUGCAAUCACUUCUAUGAAGUUCAACCGUCCAACAACGAAGAUCGCAAUACCUCCGACGAAUUGCAACAGUACAACGACGAACAUGGGCCAAAUCAGGAAGACCAGGGACGCUAGGUUAUUUCUCGAUUUUAGAAUGAGCCGCGGAGGCGGAGAGCAGGCGGAGGCGGAGAGCAGGCGGAGAGCAGGCGGAAGGGCCUCUGGAGACUGGACAGCCGGAGAGCAGGCGGAGGCGGAGAGCAGGCGGAGAGGAGGCGGAGAGCAGGCGGAGAGCAGGCGGAGGCGGAGAGCAGGCGGAGAGCCGGAGGCGGAGGCGGUCUUCUCUGGACAGCCGCUUUUCAGCCGUAGUCCCUGGCGUCUGGCGAAGUGGUGGCCUGGCCGGAGUGGCCGAUUCACGCAGGGUCGCAGGUCGCACUUACGAUUUACGAAGAAGAUCGAAGGCAUCAUAAUCGACGAUGGUUUUGGCAAUGGAAUGAUUCUAGAUGAUAUUGAGGUGGAAAUACAAAAGCCAAUUGUCCAGACCAAAAAUAGUUGACAGGACAACAAUGUUGAAGCAAUGAAGAAAAAGAGAAAGUGUGGAUCAGAUUAAGGCGGCAUUAUUAAGAACUAGAAAGUUUUCUUUUUGGGAUUAAAUUUGACAGGACUUGAUUUUUUUUAUUAUUGUACAUAUCUAAUUAUAAUGUAGUUUUUAUAUAAAAAAAUGUAAUGUAUUGAAAUUCUAUUAUGUCACGGUUUUUCUUUUUUAAGUAUGUAUUUUCAUAGCAUAGAAUUGAUUUUUAUGCAAGUCUUGCUCCUUUUUAUGGUAAAAAAAUUGUUUCUGCAAAAACUUAUUUCUGCAAAAUGUAGUUUGUUUUA